CGAGUACCUGAACAUAGAACAAUUGAUAGAAGAGACUAGUUUGAUUACUCUAUCAUCUUGCAACCCGAACUCAAGAGGCCCAAAUCAAAUCUUGAACAUGUCUGCAAUUUGUAUAACCCCAUUGAUUACAACUACAAAACCCAUCUCAUCUCCCACUCCUUCUUCUUUAAUCUUAAGCCACUUUCCCCACACACUAUCAUCACUACUAUCUUCAACAACAAGAAGAAGAAGACAAAAUAGCAGAGUGGUCUUGACCAAGUGUUCAGACGGCGGGAAGGAGCUGACGACGAUGACAGAUGAAUGGCUGACGAAGCUCCCGGAAAAGAAUAAGCCCAUUUACGCUCAUAGCUUGCCUUGCCUUGAGGCCUGGCUUAAAAGCUUGGGCUUUUUUCAGAGCAAAGAUGAUAGAGCUGUUUGGUUUGUCGAAAAGCCUGAUUGGCAUGCUCACCUCUCGCUUGACGUCACUGACCUCCACAUUAGGUACUUGAGGACGGGACCUGGAAACCUUGAAAAGGAUGUUGAAAGGCGAUUUAGUUAUGCAUUGAGUAGAGAAGACAUUGAAAAUGCCAUACUAGGAGGACCAUAAAGAUUUCUUCAGAGUUCAGACACAUUUGGCCGAAGAGUCCUAAGUGUUUAUAGUGGCUUGUUCAAUAUCUAGAUAUGCCAUCAACUUGUAUCCCCAAUUUUAAUGAAUUAUACUCUUGUAUAUGUUCAUAGUCAUUGAAUGUUGCAACCUAAAUUUGCUUAUCCACCUUGGCGUCUAAUUCGCUAUAUUCUUAUUUAGGAACCUAUAGGAUGAAACAGAUAUAUACACAGCAUAAGUUUGGUUAUAUCCAACUGUGUAGAUUCCAAUCAGUUCUCGAGUAAUACAUAAGACUGUGGUGUCUAA